AUGGUGUACAACAAUGAAGAAGGAUACAGAUCCGAGUUAGACUGUCUGGCUUUGAAAACUGGCUUUACUAUUUACCAGCUGUGUGAACUUGGCAAGGUGCUUAACUUUGGACGUCCUGAUUUUUCUUUUUUAUAAUUUCCACAGGAUUAUUUUACAAAUGCAAAUAGAGAAUUGAAAAAAGAUGCUCAGCAAGAUUACCACCUGGAAUAUGCCAUGGAAAAUAGUACGCACACAAUAAUCGAAUUUACCAGAGAACUGCAUACAUGUGACGUAAAUGACAAGAGCAUAACGGAGAGCACAGUGAGAGUGAUCUGGGCUCACCACCAUGAAGACGUGGGAGAAGCCGGCCCCAGGUACCAUGACUCCAAUCGAGGCACCAAGAGUCUGCGGCUGUUGAAUCCUGAGAAAACCAGCGUGUUGUCUACAGCCGUACCGUACUUUGACCUGGUAAAUCAGGACGUUCCCAUCCCAAACAAAGGUACGACCUACUGGUGCCAAAUGUUUAAAAUUCCCGUGUUCCAGGAAAAGCAUCAUGUAAUAAAGGUGGAGCCAGUGAUACACAGAGGCCACGAGAGUCUGGUCCACCACAUCCUGCUCUAUCAGUGCAGCAGCCACUUUAAUGACAGCGUUCUGGACUACGGCCACGAGUGCUACCACCCCAACAUGCCCGAUGCUUUCCUCACCUGCGAGACCGUGAUUUUCGCCUGGGCCAUUGGUGGAGAGGGUUUUUCCUAUCCACCUCAUGUUGGAUUAUCCCUUGGCACACCGUUAGAUCCCCGCUACGUGCUCCUGGAAGUCCAUUAUGACAAUCCGACAUAUAAGGAGGGCUUAAUAGAUAAUUCUGGGCUGAGGUUAUUUCAUACAACAGAUAUAAGGAAAUAUGAUGCUGGGGUGAUUGAGGCUGGCCUCUGGGUCAGCCUUUUCCAUACCAUCCCGCCAGGGAUGCCUGAAUUUCGGUCUGAGGGGCACUGUACUCUGGAAUGCCUAGAAGAGGCUCUGGAAGCCGAAAAGCCAAGCGGAAUCCACGUCUUUGCUGUUCUUCUUCAUGCUCACCUGGCUGGCAGGGGCAUCAGGCUCCGUCAUUUUCGCAAAGGGGAGGAAAUGAGAUUACUGGCUUAUGAUGAUGAUUUUGACUUCAAUUUUCAGGAGUUUCAGUAUCUUAAGGAAGAACAAACAAUCUUACCAGGAGAUAAUCUCAUUACUGAGUGUCGUUACAACACAAAAGAUAGAGCCCGGAUGACUUGGGGCGGACUAAGCACCAGGAAUGAAAUGUGUCUUUCAUACCUUCUUUAUUACCCAAGAAUUAAUCUUACUCGAUGUGCAAGUAUUCCCGACAUUAUGGAACAACUUCAGUUCAUUGGCGUUAAGGAGAUCUAUAGGCCAGUCACGACCUGGCCCUUCAUUAUCAAAAGCCCCAAGCAGUAUAAAAACCUCUCUUUCAUGGACGCCAUGAAUAAAUUUAAAUGGGCUAAAAAGGAAGGUCUCUCCUUCAACAAGCUUGUCCUUAGCUUGCCGGUGAACGUGAGAUGCUCCAAGACAGACAACGCGGAGUGGUCGAUCCAAGGGAUGACGGCAUUACCUCCGCACGUGGAGAGACCAUACAAAGCGGAGCCCUUGGUGUGUGCGGCGUCUUCCUCAUCUCCGCACAGAAGUCACCCUCUUGAGCUGCUCGUGUGCUUCACGGUUCUUGGCAGCACGAUGCUCAGCACACACUUGUGGUCAUAGUUCUGUGCUGGGGGACGAUGUUUUCUGUGAUCCGAACGUGUCAGGUUGAAGACACUUUGGACAUGAAGCGCGGAGCCUGAGGAGUGUGAGACCCUCCGGUCAGGUCACACAUGUCCUUCCUCCCUGCAGCCAUCCUUCCCCGUCCACCUGAGCGAUGCCGACUGGGUUCUCUUUCUUUUGCUCGGAUAUGGCUGAUAAAAUGUAUCCAUUGCCAAUAAAGCAAAGCUGGACCGACUUAACCCAAGCUUUUUAAACAUUUGGACAAAGUCAAGUGGAAGUGAAAGUGUCUGAUUUCCCUCUCUAUUUCAUUUUAUGUAAACACUCGUUGUUGCUAUUUCACUUUUUAAUUGGUCAUUUGGCUUCUAUAUUCCUUUCUUCAAACUUUCAUCUUAACCGUGUAAAAGAAAGCACUCCCUGUUCUGUGUUUCUUUCUCUUUGUUGUUCUUUGGGUGUGACUUCCCAAGUGCAACAAUGGUUCAUUCUGUCUUUCAUUGUGAAUCCAGCUCUGUCCUUUUCUGUGAAAAACCACAGGCCCCUUACCUCAGGGCUUUGUGAAGAUGCCCAUUCUAGUUUCUUGGUUUAUCUGAGUCUGUUGCUAUACCCCAGAUGACCCCAGACCCAUCUCAAAGCAUUGUCUUGAUCUUUCCCUUGCCCUGCACUGGCCAGGUGAGUUUUUCUUGAGCUCUUCCACUCUUUAAAAAGAAAGAAGCUAUGAGAAACACAGAAAUGGUGUGUGGGGGACUGUAGGUUGAGGAGAAUGGAGCUGGCUGGAAACCCGCUGGUGAGAGGGGUCCUGUCUGAGGCUUCAGGCCCAAGGCAGAAGGCGCGAGCCAACCUAGGAGGGUGUGAGGUCCCGCAGCACCUCUCCACGUUGGCUGUCACAUGUGCUGCGUCCUGGCUCAAUUUGAGUCACAGUUGCUAUUGUAGAUUUAUUUCUUAUUUUAGUUAAUGAACUAACUUUCCUUAGUAAAAUUGCCACCAGUGAAAGAUCUUGUCACUUUUUAGGUUCCUUUUGUAUAGUUAAGCCAAAUCUUGUUGUGUGUCUUUUCCUCAUUUCUUAAGCAAAGUCUGUAUGGAUGGUAUUAAUAAACUAAAUAAAAUUAAAUUUUAGGGUGGUAUCAUGUACACUCCUUGAGAGAAGCAAGAGAUUCAGUACUGAUGUUUCCAGUCAAAUGGAUUGAAAAUGUUGCAUUUUUGUAUUCCAUGUUUUUAAGCCCUUUCUCUCCUGCAAACAAUAUUGUCUUUCGAAUAAAUAUUGUAUUUUGGAGUGUUUCCUUUUUGGUUCUCGGAAUUUAUCCAUUUACUGAAAUGUUUGUAAUAUUUAUGAGGCAUAUUUCAUAGUUUACUUGUUUUUAUUUCAUAAGUGCUAUAUCGAAUUCUACGGUUCUCCAUACAAAUAUUUGUAUAAGGAACACGAUAAUCCCGAACACUCCCUAUUUGAUAUUUCGUGUUUAUUUUACUUCAGAAUGUCUGAAUUUGAGAUGUCAGAGUAAAGUGACUUCCUUUGGAACUUCUGUAACGAUAUAUUUGUUUUCACUGUUCUGAGUCAGGAAGGUGAAUCUCCAGGCGAGAAAGGGAUACGCAGUCCUUGGCAGCUUGCGUUGGUGGAGCUGGGGAAUCAACUUCUUCAGCUGAUGUUGCAAACAAUAGAGCUGGCAUUCUUCUUCUCUUAGGAAUUCUCAUGAAUAUGUAUAAGUUUCAGGCACUGACUACUUGAAAUUAGGAUAGGCUAUCUGUUGAAAAUUUGGUAGGAUUCUGAUUACAUUCUAAAUUAGUUUGUUCUGACAAUGAGCAGCCCUUCCUGAACAGCCCGGCUUUGGCUGCUGCGCUUGGUCAAGUUGCAUUUCCUGUUUCCAAGGCUAGCGGAAAGGGGGGCUUGAGACCCAGGAAGGACGGAGUGUCCACAUCUGGUGAUCCCUGUUUGAUCCUCAAUGCAGAAUGGGUGGGACGGACAUGUGAUAAAGCCAACACUCAUCAAAGUCAUGUGAGGUUGAGGGUAUUUGGGGUGAUCGUUUUUUUCUGAGGGAGUCUCAGGCAGGAUCAAAAGAGUCCUACUGGUAAUAAAAGAGAUGCAAUGCACAGAGGCAGACCUAUUAAGAACUUUGAACUUCAUGUUAAUGGCUGUGGAGGCCAGUGAUGAAUAGCAAACAGGAGGACGUAGGGAAGCGCCGGAAGUGCACUGUACAUGAUGACGCUGUGCGGUUUGCUGGCCCAGACUUCUUGUUGGCUACGUAGACUGUUUUGGUUUUUCAGUGUGAUGAACUUUGCUGUGACUAUAAGUAUUUCCUCCCAAUAAAUUACCAUAAAUGAAAUUA